AUGUGGAUGUACUCGGGCGUUAACGACACCGCUCGGGUCCACCCAGAGGAGGUCACCAAGGAGACGGUGGCACAGUGGCUACGGAGCAUCACCGGAAACAAAGACAACCCCAAGGGGUCCAGAAGAGUUGCACCAUUCGACGCCAAUAAUGAGCCGGACAAGAUUUAUACUGAGAUGUACUCCGGGGAGCAAGUCCAGGAGGGAACGGAGAGCACAGACGAGAGUUGCGACUGGCAAUCCCCCGAUGACAAUGAAGAUGACAGUGAUGACUCAAACGACAGUGAAGAAGUUGACUCACCACCUCGCUUAGAACGGCAAUCCAAACAGUCUCAAGACCCUGCAAGCGGUCGUGGCAAGGCAGCUCCUCCAAGCACACAAGUGCAAAAACGCACUCGGACUUCGACUCCGAAACCGUUUGAAAAGGCCGCCAAGCAGCCCAAGAUCGCCCCCCCAAAGCCUCGGAAGGCCUUGCCCAAGAUCAAGGUGGAUGUUCUUGUCGCUUCUACUGCUGCAACUUCUUGGACCUCCAUGGACAUUUACGAGGAUCAAGAUGAUGAGGAAACUGAAGACGCGGCCACUUCUGAAGCGGAGGACCAAGUGAGCGUUGCUAAGGAAGCUACACGCCAAGCAGGCCUUAUGAUGGAGCAAAUGAAGGUGGUGCACGAAGCUAGCAAGGCUGCCUACGAUGCCAGCUUUGCUCUUCAAACCAAUGUCCAGAAAUCUUGUGAGCUCGGGGCUCAGUUUGCUGAAUUGAAUAAGAAACAGAUCCGGCUCAAUCGCAACCUGGAGUUGGCCAAGGAGAACUUGCAGAAGGCUAAAGAUGAAGCAGCUGCCAUGGGAGACAAAAUGAAGCAGGCUCUGGAGCAGAAGGACCUCGACCUCGCAGCAGCGCAGAAGACGGCGCGAGAGAAAACUGAACUUGCUGACAAGAAGCUGGCUUCAGUCGGCAAGUUAGAAGAAGAAAAUGCCAAGCUGAAGACUGCCAUUGAUGAAGCCAACAAAGAGGUUGUGCAGCUGAAGAAGGACAAGGUGGCCCUGACUGACAAGGUCGGAGAUCUCACUCAGAAGAGGGACGAACUGGAGGCUUAUCUGGGAGGACUCGCCAAGAAGAUGUUCCUUAUGCUUGAAGAGAUUGGGCGGAUUGAGACGAAUCUGGACCCCAUUAACUCCCCCGCCAAGGACGAAGCUGCGAUGAAUGUGCUGCGACUAGAAUCCUGCCUCGCCAGCGUCACGAACUAUCUUGCUCGACUGAAAGUGGCGGUAUUGCAGAUUGACACGGAGCUCUGGCAAAGUGUGACAUUCCAGGAUGCGUCGACUGAGAAACGGCUGAGUUUUGUUCCCCCGCCGCCCGAAGCAACGCUCGAAUUUGCAUCAAACCUCUACUAG